AUGCCUGGUGCCAAAGAUGAACAGACACCACUACUACGGGCGGCUUCAAGCCCUCUACCUCGAGAGAGAUUGAUAAACAACGCAUCACACACAAGCAACUUGCCUGAUGCAGGCGGAGAUGAUGUGUUAGCGCUUGGGGAGCCAGACUCGGAGACUGCGGUGGCCGCCAUUGCAGGCAAUCAGCAGGCGCCUAACCAUGGAACGCUCAACAAAUCAUCUGUCAUACAAGUCAUUGCGGUUUUAGCGAUCGGUCUGUUUACAUCUAAUCUCGACGGAUCUAUUGUGUUAGCAACACAUCCGCGUAUAGCGUCCGAAUUUCAUGCGCUGGAUCAAUCAAGCUGGCUUUUUAUUAGUUAUCUUCUGUCAGGCGUUGCCACCCAAACUCUGUAUGCCAAACUCAGUGACGUCUAUGGACGGAAAUGGCUUCUUGUCUUCUGCUAUGCUCUGUUCGCUGUUGGCCUAGUCAUUAUUGGACUAGCACCGUCUAUGUGGCAAGUCCUUUUAGGCCGCGCAAUUUCUGGUUCAGGCGGGUCCGGAUUGGCUUCUAUAGGAUUGGUACUGAUGACUGACCUCGUACUACUGCGAGAAGUCGGAACUUGGCAUGGUUAUAUGAACAUUAUCAGCACAACUGGUCGAAGUCUAGGCGGCCCGGUAGGAGGUUGGCUUGCAGACCAAGUCGGAUGGCGGUGGUCAUUUUUAGGACAAGCGCCAAUGUUCGUAAUUGCAAUUGUUUCUUCUAUCAUGGCUAUUCCAGAUACACAACGUCCAUCGGUCGCGGAAACCCAGCAAACGGUCACAAUGGGCAACUUUUUCGUGCGCAUCGACCUUGCAGGUAUUCUACUACUCGGCUCGUCCAUCCUCACACUACUGCUACCGCUUGAGCUCGGUGGUGUCAUGAUACCGUGGCAGCACCCCGCGAUCUUUGUGCUUGUCGGCAUAGGCGUUUGUCUUCUAGCGCUUUUUCUCAUGAAUGAGGCUUGGUGGGCGCCGAGUCCAGUCUUCCCAGUUCGAAUGUUGAAAAAUAGAGAAAUACUGGCAUGUUAUCUUGUUAUUGGCCUACUAGCUGCGGCGCAAACAUCGCUUGUCUUCUCUGUACCUCUAUACUUUCAAGUUACGCAACGCGUCUCGAACACGGUUGCUGGUGCCCAUCUGUUCCCUGCUGUUCUCGGAAACGCCAUAGGUGGGCUGGCCGCAGGGAGCAUCAUCAAACGGACUGGCCGCUACAAGAUUCCCCUGCUCGUCGCCUCCGCAGCCGGGUCGGGAUCAUACCUUCUACUGAUUAUACGAUGGCUCGGUCAUACAAAUUGGUGGGAAUCGUUGUAUAUAUUCUUUGGCGGUCUUGGCGCCGGCAUGGGGAACACUGCAGUAGUUGUGAGCCUCAAUGCCAUUGUCGAGCCGGCCCACAAAGCGGUUGCAGCUUCAGGCUUAUUUUUGUCACUUCCCAUUGGCAUGAUCACUGGAAUUGCUAUCACUAGUGCACUAAUGCUAGAGAUCAUGCAACAACAAUUGGAUAAAAGUCUCAUCAAACUAGGAUUGGGAUCGGCGGACAGACAGGAGAUCAUCUCAAAAGCUGCCGAAAAUGUGGAAUACAUCUACAAGCUUGAGGGCCCAGUCGCGAAGGCAGUGUCCAGUGCCUAUGUGCAUGGCUUGCGCUGGGGCUAUGGUAAGACCUCCGGAAUCACAAAAACUUUACACAUGGGACUCACAAUCAAAUAG